GGGCGCUGUGACAAUUGGAUUGGUGGCAGAUAUGGGCAGCUACCAGGCCCAGGCCGUCCUCUCAGAAAAUGAAUUCACAGUGGCAGCUUUCAUAUCGUUCGGAGAAUCUACGGCCCUCAUGAUGGUGGCCUACGGCUGCCUGAUGACGACGUUUUUGCUGCUGGUCUCAUCUGUGUUGGCAUCCAGAACUUUUUAUCAUGUUCCCAAAUCCCUGUUUUUUGUCCUGUAUCAUCUGGUCUCUGCAUCGUUAUAUUUGUCGUCUGGACUGUCGGUUGUGAUCUUGGGCUACCAAAGGAGAUAUGAAAAAUAUUAUAUAACUGCUGGGGCCAUCGGUAUUGUGAAUGCCAUUCUUUACAUCUUCAGCACUGGCCUGGGCUUGCGUGCACUUCAGGCUAUCAAGUGAGAAGUGGCACGUAUUUCCUGAGUUUCUACCCUGUACGGACGCGGAUCAAUCAUACGACGAGCUUCUGCAAACCUGCCAAAAACCAAAUAAGAACUUUGAUCUGUUGACGUCUACAUGUUCACUAAAAGCACCCAGAUCGUCUCGUCUUCAGUCUUAACUAGUUUCGCGACGAUUUACUGUUGUAAAAGUCCUUUGGAAGAUCUAAUAGGAACAUUAAUCUGUCAACGUCUAUAUGUUCACUUAAAAAAAACUAGUUCGUCUUAUCUUCAUUCUUGAAAAAGUCUAGUUUCUUUUUGUAAACGUUGACUGGUCCAAUAGGAACUUUGAUCUGUCAGCGUCCAUCUUUGGUAUUGCCUUCAGUCUUGAUUAGUUUUUUCUCAUGCGAGGGUUUCUUGUUGUAAGAGACUCCUUUGACAGAUCAAAUAAAAACUUCGAUAUGUCAACGUCUGUCUCUACAUGUCCACUUAAAAAAAAAAAAAUAGAUCGUCUUAUUUUCUUCAUUUAUGAAAAAAGUCUAGAUUUUUAAGCGAACAUAUAUACGUUGGAAGAUCAAUUCGAUCUGUCAACGUCUAUACGUUCACUUAAAAAAACUAGAUCGUCGUGUCUUCAUUCUUAAACUGAUACAAGUUUUUUAAGUGGACAUAUAGACGUUGACAGAUUAAAUAAGAACUUUGAUCUGUCAACGUCUACAUGUUCACUAAAGACACCCAAAUCGUUUCGUCUUCAGUCUUAAAUAGUUUCGCGACGAUUUCCUGUUGUAAAAGAGUCCUCUGGAAGAUCGAAUAAGAACUUUAAUCUGCCAACGUCUAUAUGUUCACUAAAAAAAAAACUAGAUUGUAUUAUUAUCUUCAUUCAUGAAAUAAGUGUAGAUUUUUAAGAAAACAUAUAGACGUUGGCAGAUCGAUUCGAUCUGUCAACGUCUAUACGUUCACUUAAAAAAACUAGAUCGUCGUGUCUUCAUUCUUAAACUAAUAUUAGUUUUUUAAGUGGACAUAUAGUAGACAUAGAAGUUGACAGAUUAAAUAAAAACUUUAAUCUUUCAACGUCUAUAUGUUCACUAAAGACACCCAAAUCGUCUCAUCUUCAGUCUUAACUAGUUUCGCGACGAUUUUCUGUUGUAAAAGAGUCCUUUGGAAGAUCUAAUAGGAACUUUAAUCUGCCAACGUCUAUAUUUUCACUUAAAAAAAACUAGAUCGUCUUAUUAUCUUCAUUCAUGAAAUAAGUCUAGGUUUUUAAGUGAACAUAUAGACGUUGGCAGAUCAAUUCGAUCUGUCAACGUCUAUACGUUCACUUAAAAAACUAAAUCGUCGCGUCUAUUCUUAAACUAAUAUUAGUUUUUUAAGUGAACUUAUAGAAGUUGACAGAUUAAAUAAAAACUUUAAUCUUUCAACGUCUACAUGUUCACUAAAGACACCCAAAUCGUCUCAUCUUCAGUCUUAACUAGUUUCGCGACGAUUUCCUGUUGUAAAAGAGUCCUUUGGAAGAUCUAAUAGGAACUUUAAUCUGUCAACGGCUAGAUGUUCACAUAAAAAAAAACUAGAUCGUCUUAUCUUCAUUCUUGAAAAAGUCUAGUUUCUUUUUGUAAACGUUGACUGAUCAAAUAUGGACUUUGAUUUGUCAGCGUCCAUCUUUGGUAUUGCCUUCAGUCUUGAUUAGUUUUUUUCUCGUGUGAAGGCUUCUUGUUGUAAGAGACUCAUCUGACAAGUGGUUGUACGUGUUAUAAGAUUUGAGAGAAUUUGUAUGUUUCCUCCAGAUUUGCUUACUGUUAUGUUUUGAAAUUCAUUAAGUUUUUUGCUAUAUUAUGAAUGGUAUCAAUUUGUUGCAUUUUUCCAUGUUCAAUGUUUGAAAUCUUUAAUUUUGAUCGUUGUAGCCGCUUUUCACUGUGUAAUUUAGUCAAGAUAUGUUAUUUUUAUGUUUUUUUGUUUAUUCUAUGUAACGGCAGUUAGUUCACUUUAUUUAAGCUUUUAAUGACUUACAUAGUUGUGCUUUUUAUACGGUCGAUAUGUGAGAAUAUGUGAACCAGCUAUUGUAUUUUAUUCGUUUUCAAUUUUAAUGUAUUGAAUUAUUUUGAAAUAAUUUUACUGUAACGACAUUGAAUAUACUGUUCAAAUCGUUUUUCAGAAAUAAAUGCAAUUCAA